AUGCGCUUUGUGUGUAUUAGAUUCACCUAGGCCUUUAAGUGAAUAAACCUUGAAAAUGGGGUCCAGGAAAGAGCACAAACACAAGAAAGAGAGCAGACACAAGCACAAGCGAAAACAUCGAUAUUCUGAUUCAGACGAAGGAAGCAGAAGUCCAAGUGUGAAGAGAAAGAAGCACGACCGUGAAAGGGAACACAAAUCUAGUCGAAGCCGAAGAGAAAGAAGUAGAGAACGUGGAAAUUCAGGAGAACGGCGAUCUCAAGAAACUCGUACCGAAGUAAAGAUCAAAACUGAAAUCCGAACUAACGAACCAAUUGAAAAUGCUCCUCCUUACCCUGAAGAAGAGCGGACAAUAGUUCUUAAAGAGGAGCCAGAAGAGACAGAGAAAAAAUCUGAGAGUUUAAGCAUUGAAGCAACUAAUGCAUUGAGAGCAAAGCUUGGCCUAAAACCUUUAAAUGUUGGAGGUUCAGGCUCAGGUAACGGGGACAAUGCUGGGGGAGAAGAUGAGUUUGUUCACGCUCCAGCUGAACAUUUGGGGGAAAAGAAAAAACAAGAAAUAAUGAAAGAAAAAAUCCUUGCCAGCAAAAGAAAACGAGAAAUUGCCAAAAAAAUGUCAAAGGUUCGUACUCUGGGUGAAGAAAAUGAGGAAGAGAGUGCCGCCAACUGGGUCUUGAAGAGCAGGAGCACUCAGCAGCAAAGAGAGCAAGAGGAGAAGAUGAUGAAACUGGGAGAGGAGUUUGGAGUAAGUGAUCUGAUCGAAAGUGAACUUGGAUCAAAGAAAAAUGUUCCAGCUUAUACUGAGAAAGAUCUAACUGGUUUAAGUGUUGAGCAUUCAGUAGAAAGCUUCAGGGAAGGUAAGGAUGCCGUGCUUGUAAUUAAAGAUAAAGAUAUACUUGCUAGUGAUGAUGAGGAUGUACUACAUAGCAUAAAUAUUGAUGAUGUGGAAAAAUCAAAGAAGAAUUUGGAAGUCAAAAGACGUGGUGUUGGCUACAAAGCAUAUGAAGAAGAGGAAAUUGAUGACAUGGGGUUCUUCAAAGCAAAAGUCGUCCUUGGUAAAUAUGACGAGGAGAUUGAAGGAGAGAAGUCGAGCAAGUUUAAGAUCGGGAGGAGCGGUCAGGUGGAUACAUCAUGGGAGCAGCAGAAGGAACAAAUGAAACAGGAGAUCCGUGCAAAAGGAGAGAGUUUGACUCUUCCUCCUUUGAAAAUAGCAUCCGAAUACCUCACUGAAGAAGAAAUGAAGUUUAAAAAACGAAAGCGAAAGGUGAAGAAAGUUCGAAAACGGGACGUCCUUAAACCUGAAGAUAUUCUUCCAUUACCUGGUUCAAGUCAAAGUGUAAACCAUGGAUCCAGAAAAACAAAAGAAGUUGAUGGGAAGGGAGGUAAUGAUGGGAGAUCUUCAGUGAACAAUAAUGAUGAUGAUGAUGUUAUUGAUGAUGAGGAAGAUGCUAUUAAUGAUCUGCAGCGAGCUCUUGAAAAAUCCCGAAGAGCAAAACAAAAGAAAUCGAAUUCAGUUGUUGACUCUGGGGCUCUCCGUGUGGCCAAACACCUUGAGACACUAGGUCAAGUUAAACUCGAGAAACCUGAUGAGCAGUUCACCAACACACUCUUCCUAAAUGCUACAGAUGAGUUUUGUCGACAGUUAGGAGCACACAUGCCUGUGAAGCAAGAGAUCAAGCAAGAGGAAGAUGACAUGGAUGUGGAUGAGAAUCCAGAGUCGGAGGAUGAGUCCAAUACAUCAAAGUGGAGUUCAGUUCAUCCAAAUAAUGGACAUAAGAUCGAACAUGUUGUUCCUACACAAGAAGUGGAAGGGGAACAUGCUCCAAUUGAAGCUGAACCUCUUGCUGCAACUGGUUUAAUGGGGGCUCUUAAACUCGCUGAAAGAAAGGGUUACCUUGGUGAGGAAAAGAAGAAAGGAAAUGUUGUUGUCACCACAAACCUUAAUAUACAAGCAAAACAUUAUUCAAUUGAAGAUAAAAAUGCUGUUGAUUACCUUGACAAGUAUGCACAUGAGAAAUAUUCAAAGGAACGUAACACAAGUCGUUAUGAUCGAGGAAUUACGACUGAAUUUAGCGAGAAAAAAGAUUACAAACCGAAAGUGAACAUUGAGUAUGUGGAUGAGAAAGGAAGAAACCUCUCUGCAAAAGAAGCGUUCCGGAAGCUCUCCCAUCGUUUCCAUGGCAAGGGAUCUGGGAAGAUGAAGCAAGAGAAGAGGAUGAAGAAGAUGACGGAACAAGAAACGAUGUUGCAUAUGAGCUCCACUGAUACCCCACUUAACACAGUGGCAAUGAUGAAGGACAAGCAGAGAGCGGAGUCAAGCCCUUAUAUUGUUUUAAGUGGAGCUGGAAAGACACUAAUGGUUGGAGGUGGCAGCUCAGUAAAAAAAUAAUUCAACCAUAAAAUAUCAGCACUGCUAACACCAACUUGGCACACAGAGGUUGUGUGUCAAGUUCAUUCCAUGAAUCAAAGGUUUUAUAGAACCAGUCACUACUGCUACACUGAAGAUAUCAUAUUGAACAGCACAUUGUAAUGCUGCUAUUGCGUUUCGAAAAUAAAAUUCUAACUGGUCUAUA